AUGGUUACUGUCACUAAGAGUAAGUUCUAUCUGCUGAAAAUUAACUACCCAAAAUUAUUUGAGGAAGUAAAUACUGACAAGCAUGAUACAGUAAAGUUUGAGUUGCCUGAGAAAUAGCAUGAUCCCUUGGCAGAUGCUGCUGAGAGUCCAUAAGACUAGUUAGGGAUUAACAAGCUAAAGAUAUAGACUCUUAAAGAUGAUGGUAUAAAGGCUUAUGACUUGAAUGAAGAUGAAACCGAAGAGAAUAAAGAGAAGAGAAGUAAAAUUCUUAAAAAAGACAGGGAAAGAUUGAAGCAAAUUUAAAAAGAGACUGAGGAUAUAGUCAAAGGCUUGGAAGCUUUUAAAGUGUUGGAAGAGUCUUAAAUUGGGUCCACAUAUAAUGAUAGAUUUAAGAACGUUAAAUAUAUAGAAAGAGAGGAGGAUCUCGAACUUAAAAAGAUGUAUGAGGAUGAGCAGGAGAGAUUUAAUAAGUUAGCCGAAGAGUUAAAAGAUAAAAUUGAAGGAGAAAUUGAUAUGGACAUGCAUGGAAAUGUUUAAUUUAGAAGCUAUAAACAAAAUGCAGGCAAUGAAGAGAAAUAAGAAGAGGUAAAGACUGGCAUUCAAGGUACUGGAACAUAUAUUCUCAGAGAUGGGUAAUUAGUGCCUGGUUAAGGAGAGACUAGAGAAUAGGCUUAAUAUAGUAACUGGUACUGUUCAAAUGCUGACCCAGAAGAUAUUAGAAGACAUCGUGAACUUAUGGAUAGAAUGCAUUACAGAGGACCUAAAUGGGAAGGCUAGGGCGUACCAAAGAGUAUUUUGGAGGAAUUCGAUCCUACUUACCUAAAAAGAGAGGGCGAGGAACAUCCCAGUUCUGCAAAAUAAGAUUAAAAAGAAGGCAAAAAGGAGUUUGAAUAUGUAGUUAGAUGA